AGGAAGAGCGACAGAUUGCACGAAUUGACCGUUAGAUAUAAGGCGGCGCGGGCCGGGGCGGGCAGUGGAGCCGGACCCGGGGCGUCAGGACUGCGGGGCUGCCGGGCAGGGACGCCGAACCCAGGUACUCGCGCCCGGAGGUGAGGGCGCCCACCGGCUGCGGGGACUCGCCGAAAGACCGUCACCCGCUCCCGUAGUUCAACCGCUCCCAACCCACACACCAAGGACCCUGAAUCUGUCCACUCCCGGCGAAGCGAGACCUUCCGGCUGGGGCCCCCCAAUUUGGGCCGAUUUUGCGCCUCCAAACAACCUUAGCAUGAUGUCUUAUCUUAAGCAACCGCCUUACGCAGUCAAUGGGCUGAGUCUGACCACUUCGGGCAUGGACUUGCUGCACCCUUCGGUGGGCUACCCGGGGCCCUGGGCUUCUUGUCCCGCAGCCACUCCCCGGAAACAGCGCCGGGAGAGGACGACGUUCACCCGGGCGCAGCUAGACGUGCUGGAAGCUCUAUUUGCUAAGACCCGGUACCCAGACAUCUUCAUGCGGGAGGAGGUGGCGCUGAAAAUCAACUUGCCCGAGUCCAGGGUGCAGGUGUGGUUUAAGAAUCGGAGAGCUAAGUGCCGCCAACAGCAGCAGCAGCAACAGAAUGGAGGUCAAAACAAAGUGAGACCUGCCAAAAAGAAGACCUCUCCAGCUCGGGAAGUGAGUUCAGAGAGUGGAACAAGUGGCCAAUUCACUCCCCCCUCUAGCACCUCAGUCCCGGCCAUUUCCAGCAGCAGUGCUCCUGUGUCUAUCUGGAGCCCAGCUUCCAUCUCCCCACUGUCAGAUCCCUUGUCCACCUCCUCUUCCUGCAUGCAGAGGUCCUAUCCCAUGACCUAUACUCAGGCUUCAGGUUAUAGUCAAGGAUAUGCUGGCUCAACUUCCUACUUUGGGGGCAUGGACUGUGGAUCUUAUUUGACCCCAAUGCAUCACCAGCUUCCUGGACCAGGGGCCACACUCAGCCCCAUGGGUACCAAUGCAGUCACCAGCCAUCUCAAUCAAUCCCCAGCUUCUCUUUCCACCCAGGGAUAUGGAGCUUCAAGCUUGGGUUUUAACUCAACCACUGAUUGCUUGGAUUAUAAGGACCAAACUGCCUCCUGGAAGCUUAACUUCAAUGCUGACUGCUUGGAUUAUAAAGAUCAGACAUCCUCAUGGAAAUUCCAGGUUUUGUGAAGAUCCGUAGAACCUCUUUGUGGGUGAUUUUUAAAUAUACUGGGCUGGACAUUCCAGUUUUAGCCAGGCAUUGGUUAAAAGAGUUAGAUGGGAUGAUGCUCAGACUCAUCUUCUGAUCGAUGAUCCAGGAGGCAUAGAAGGAAAAAUGAAGGGCCUUAGAGGGGCCUACCAACCAGCAACCUGAAAUGGACAAACCAGUCUACUUAAGAUCCUGUCAUAGUUUUAGAUCAUUGGUUUUCCUGAUUUGCAAAGUGAUCAAAAGCAUUCUAGCCAUGUGCAACCAAACACCACCAAAAAUAAACAAAACUAAAUUGUGAGGGAAAGGAGGGAAGGACAUAGCCUUCUUAAGCAGAGGUGUUCCAAUGUUUUAGCCAAUCCGUGGUUGAAUCUAGGAAUGGACAGUGUCUCAAGCUCACUCACGUUUCAUGACCAACUGGUAGUUGGCACUGAAAAACUUUUCAGGGCUGUGUGAAUUGUGCGACUGAUUGUCCUAGAUGCACUACUUUAUUUAAAAAAUAAUGUUCAUAAGGAGUCAAUAUGUAGUUUAAGAGACAAUCAGUGUGUGUCUUAUAUAAAUGGUACAUCUGUGGUUUUUAAUCUGUGCUAGACUUCAAAACUGUGAUCUCCUGUUAUUGUAUGCAACCUUGAACUCCACCUCUGCAGGGGUUCUUCUGUGAUUAAAUAGGUUAUAAUUAUAAGCAAAUUCAGAGCAACUUGAGUACUUAUCUAAAAAGAUUACCUUUGGCUGGAGGUGAGCUGCACUGAAACUUUACAACAAAAUGUCUCUGGACAAGGAGAGUGAGAGAAGAGAAACAAAAGGACACUAAUUCAUCUGUAAUUUACUGUUGGUAAACCUAGCAGUAAAGAGACAUUGGUCAAUUGCCCUGACCCUGAUGAAUUUAUAAACUGAGAUCAAUUGUCGUUUAUGCUUGCAGAUGUUAACUGGAAAAGUUAUAUAUGCAUAAACCUUUUCUUCCUGGAUUUGGCAGAUAUGUAUAAUUAUAUUAAAAUGGU